GGCACAAUCACGGCAUACCAAUAAAUGCUUUGUUUUACAAGCCCUGCUACCAGCAUAGUAUUGUUUGGAUUGCACGAGCGAGUAGGAGGACUGUUGCGUCACCACGCACAAAACAUCAUUGCCCACCCGCCUCACACCUAGCUCCAACGGCAGCCAAACAGAUCAGCUGACAACGACGGCGGCACCAACAGCAGCAGCAGCAGCACCACCACCAAACAAUAGCAGUAGAAGCAGCAACAACAGCAGCAGCCCAACAGUUGAAGCAUGGCUUCAGCAUCAGCCGGUACACUGGAGGGUACACUGAGCAAAUGGACGAACGUGAUGAAGGGCUGGCAGUAUCGCUUCUUUGUCUUGGACGAGAAUGCGGGUCUGCUAUCCUACUACACGUCCAAGGAAAAGAUGAUGAAGGGUGUGCGACGCGGCUGUGUACGCUUAAAGGAUGCCCUUAUUGGUAUUGAUGAUCAGGAGGAGAACACGUUUACCAUAACCGUUGAUCACAAGACCUUUCACUUUCAGGCGCGGCAUGGCGAUGAGCGUGAGCAGUGGGUGCGACGUCUGGAGGACACAAUUCGACGGCACGCGAAUCGUUCGCGUCUGUGGGACAGUCAGAGCGCCUACUACCUUGCCGGCGGCUACACGAAGGAAUCGAGUGGCAAACGGGCCAAUCACUUGGAGCUCGUCGCACGACGUGUCUCCGAAGCGGACGCCUAUCUGCAGCUGAUGAUAGAGCAAAGCAAUUCGCUGGACAAACGCAUUGCUGAGCUAAGCGACGCCACGGAGCAGGCCAAGUGCAAGGCGCUGCAGGAUAACGCAAGUGCCAUGCUGGAUCAUAUCAAGCACUCGAUUGUAAGUCUACAAAUUGCCAAAAAUAUGGCGCACCCCAUCAACGGCAUUUACAACGGCCCCACCACAACAACGACGACUGGCAUGAUGACGACAGCGGCGGGCAUCCCUGCAUCAACGGCCGGCGGAAAGGCGAACGAGGUCAACUCGGCACUCAAGAACGAACUACUGCCUGGCGACGAUGAGGAUGAUUCAGCAACGGAAAACGCAACUACAGCGCCGUUGGGACUCAUCGUACCGGAGACCUCUUAUUCGAGCAGCGAGGGCGAGGAGGACUUUUAUGAUGCCUAUGAUGAUCCAUUCACCAGUGUAGGCAGCUCACCAAUUGGCUGUGCCACUCGUGGCUUUGCAGAGACUUCGGUCACGCAUGAGAAACCCCCGGACAGCUAUGACGAUUUGCCCGGAGGAACAAUAACAACAACAGCAUCAUCAGCAGCAGGAGGAAUAACAGCAGCUGUAACGUUGCCCGAAAUCGAUGAAACUGGGUCGAGCAAAGUGACGAGUUCGCGGUCAUCGAGCUAUGACAAUGGCAUCGAUUACGAUGCCCUCUACGAGGAGGAGGAGGAGAUGGACCUCAGCAUGGAGGCGCAUGGCUCAAUGAUAACGCAUCUGUUGUCACAGGUGAAGAUUGGCAUGGAUCUCACCAAGGUGGUGCUGCCCACGUUCAUAUUGGAGCGCCGUUCACUACUCGAAAUGUAUGCCGAUUAUUUUGCCCAUCCCGAUUUGUUUCUCAAAAUCUCGGAUUUUGACGAUCCACGUGACCGCAUUGUGCAGGUUUGUCGUUGGUAUUUGAGCGCUUAUCAUGCCGGACGUAAGAGCGCGGUGGCCAAAAAGCCCUACAAUCCCAUACUAGGCGAAGUAUUUCAGUGUCACUGGGAUAUUCCAGAUGAAUCCGAAGACGGACAGGAGGUGCGGGAUGGUCCCGUGCCCUGGUGCAGGCGGGAUCAGCUAACGUUUUUAGCCGAGCAGGUGUCGCAUCAUCCGCCAAUUUCAGCCUUUUAUGCGGAGCAUUAUAAUAAGAAAAUUACAUUUACCGCUCACGUUUGGACUAAAUCAAAAUUCUUGGGUCUUUCGAUUGGUGUGCACAACAUUGGCGAGGGCGUUGUAACGCUGGUGGAUCGCAGCGAGGAGUAUAUUGUUACAUUUCCCAAUGGUUAUGGCAGGUCUAUUUUAACGGUGCCUUGGAUUGAGCUGGGCGGAUCAGUUGAGAUUAAAUGCCCACAAACGGGCUACUACGCCAACGUGGAGUUUCUCACAAAGCCCUUCUAUGGAGGCAAGCGCAACAAAGUCAGCGCUGAGAUUUAUUCGCCCCAUGAUAAGAAACCAUUUGUUUCGAUUGCCGGCGAGUGGAGCGGUUUGAUGGAGGCCAAGUGGCAUGAUAAGAAUAAAACCGAAGUAUUCGUCGACGUUAAUCGCAUACCAAUAUUUAAGAAACAAGUUCGACCAAUCGUUGAGCAGGAUGAAUAUGAAUCGCGACGUGUUUGGAAGGAAGUGACGGCGGGACUCAAAUUCAAUGAUAUUGAACGUGCCACCAAUGCCAAAUUUGUUGUAGAACAGCAGCAGCGUGAUCAGGCCAAGGUCCGCAAGGAAUACGACUUGGCUUGGGAUCAUAAGCACUUUAAGCCCGUUGGCGAUAAUUGGAUAUAUACAAAGCCGUUGAGCCAGCGAAUGUAUUUGCAGGAAAAGGAGGCCAAAAGAUAAUGCAUGAAUUGGAUGGUAACAACAAAUGCCAACAUAUAUCAGUAUAUUGCGCAAAAUACCCCUGAACACUGACGAUGAUACAACGUAACAAAUGCAGGAAACUUAAUGUUCUACGAGUAUAUUGAAUUAUGAGAUAUGAGAUAAGCGAUUAAGAAACCAUCAUAUUGUCCGUUUAUUAAAUGUAAAUAGUUUAUACACAUACUGUAAACAACAAAUCAAACGCCAAGUUUAAGUAGACAGUUGAACAACAACAACAAUAGUUGAAAGACAACGUAAGCACAUAAAAAAAUGGUUGACAAACGAUGAAUAUAAUAAACUGCAUUGCAUACAAUAUUAUAUAUAUAUAUAUAAAGAUAUAUAUAAAUUUACAGAGCAAAACACUUUAAUAGUCUCUAACGCAACAUAUUCGUAUAAAGCAACUUAUUAUUAAUUAACAACAAUAUUAAUACUAGCGUGUUUCAAAGGCAAUCGCAGUAAACUGCAAACAAAGAACACCUAAAACAAUACCUAUGCAUACACACAUACACACACACACACAGAUACAGACACAAACACACAAACAUAUGCGAUAUGUAUAUCAGAAAGUUGUAGAUUACAAAAUGAUAGAGAUUUAAGCAUAGAAAUUCUAUUUUUUAAAAAAGACUAAUAGACGAAAUACAAUACAAAAGAUAUCUAAUAGAUACAUACUAUUAAUAAUUAAUUCCUGUUUUUAAAACUUAAAUCUGCACAAUUGAUUUUGUCAAAUAAAACAAAACAAAAAAUAUUGAUAACUUUAGUAUUAAACACAUAUAUGUUUUCAAUUCCACUGUCACAAUAAUAAUAAAGAAGAAAGCUUUACUUACAAAACCGGCAAACAACUCUCCAACGAAUUGUCAGUAUACAGUAAUAAAAGGAAAAAAAUGACAAAUAUCAAAUUAUAGUAUUAACAAUAGUUAGCAUAUAAUUUAGUUGGCCUUUGGUCAACAUUUCAACAACUACACGGCAAAGCAAUUUUCUUUGUAAACUACCGAAUACUCUCACGCAAAGUUAACGCAAAAUGAAACGAAUAAAGAAUAUUACGCUUUUA